AUGGCUGGCACCGCGACUGCUAUAUCCUCCACAGAUGCUUUGACAUCUCCUCCAAAUAUUCUCACGGCAUGGGACCUAGCUGUCCCAUUAGGACAAGAGGUGAGUGGCUCCUUUGCCAGAAUACUCGAUUUCUGCGCCUUGAACCUAUUGUUUGAAGCCUCUUCUCAGGCCGAUACUAUAACGCCGAAACGCACAUCUAAUGAAUCCAGUUCCCUCUACAAUAAAUCCAGCUACCGGCACCGGACGCCGAAUGGCAAUCCUCGUUCUCGUACCUCAUCACAAACUGGCUCAAGGCGUGGGAGUAACGCGCAUGACAAUUACGGACGUGAAAUCGGACUUACGACUAAAGAUAUGGCGGACUCUUACAACAAUGGCCACGCUUGGAAGGGCGAACAAUCUGGUAAGACGCCCGUGGAUCCUGAGGUUAUGGUGAAUGACGACAACUGGAUUCAUCGAGACAAGUUGGCACGGAUAGAGAGCGAGGAGCUACAACAAGCCGCCAUGCGCAUUCAACGGCAGGUGCGUACGGGCAGUAAAUCGAGCAGCAUGCGUGGUCGUAGCCACGAUACCCAGAGUCUGAACGGAACCGUUGCCACACCUUCAGAGCAAACAGAACCCUGGCCUGGUUCACAGAGACAACAGCUAGAAUCACCAAUACCUCUCGAAGACUCCGAUGAACAAGAAAUUGAAGUCGAAAGAGCGAAUUGGGAUUUGCGACGACCCGAGGAAAUUGCAGCGUCGUUUGUUGAAGGGUUUGACGAUUCAUCAAAAUUCUAUAAAAGCCCGGCCCUGAAGAAGAGUUCUUCACGAAUCCCCGUUUUAGCUUCUAGUCCUCAUCAGGUCUCUGAUUUAAAUGAUCGUGAGUCCUCCGUUCAGCGCAUUCGAGCUCGCACCAUAGGCAGUGAAGACGAAGACUGCGUAUCCCAUUCCCCAAGUCACAGAGCCAAUGAAUCAGCAGUAAUUGACACCCCUGAAGCCUCUCCGGAGCCUGCUGAUAGUACAACGCCCCCAUUAUCCACUAGCCGGCCUAGUAGUCGAGGCGGUGUUCUUGCACAGGCGCCGUCGUCUCCUACGAAGAAAGCGCCCACGAAAGGCACCGCGCGAAAGUCGUCAGCUCCGCCCAAUAAUCGCAAACCGUCGGCCUCAGUCAAACCGCGAGCCACUUCUGGAAGUAGCACAAAAGACAGACCUGUAACACGAUCUGGAGACAACCGUCCAUCGACAUCCGCGAACCGCCCUGAAGGUGAUCCACCCUGGUUGGCCACUAUGUAUAAACCGGAUCCUCGACUACCACCCGAUCAGCAAAUGCUACCGACUCAUGCAAAGAAAAUGCAACAGGAGCAAUGGGAGAAGGAGGGCAAGACUCCGACGACUUAUGACCGUGAAUUCGCGCCAUUGGCUGUUCGACCUGACGAGCCAAUGCAAUUGCCUGCCCCAGAGGUAAAGAAUGAAGCAGCGACUACUGAUGGGGACAACCUUGCAGCAGAAUCGACGUCCCCAUGGCCACUUCAACCCCCAAGGAGCCCUGAACCUACACGUCCGGGAACAAGCGGAACCAAUUACAGUACUAUGCCGAAAGUACAAACAGCGCCACAGAUUGCGUUGCCAGCACCUCAGAGAGUGCAACGAAACUUGCCACCUUCGCCUCAAGAAGAUGAGAAGGUGGGAAAGGAUCAUGUAGAUCCGAUCACCCAAUCAAAUGCUCGACCCGUGUCUGAUUACUCAUCCUCGCAGCCUCGGACAAAUCGGAAAAAAGUGACAUUGCCCUUCAUCCUGACUAAUUGUCAUCAUUCAUUCGGCUCGUUAUCCGUCGCGAUUCUUGUUGAUUUCUUCCCUUUCUUCGCAUUAUCAAGCAAAUCAUACAAAUCACGAAAGAAGGACGCCGCAUUAGUCCUUCAAUCAUACCUUCUUUAG